UUGCGUGUCAGAGUUGUCUAUCGAGAGCCGCUUGGCGCAGCAUUCAUGCACCGUCGCUGCGGCUAAAGAAGUGUGUGAAAGGGGGCUGGGCUGUGAGAAGAGAGAGAGAGAGAGAGAGAGAGAGAGAGAGAGAGAGAGAGAGAGAGAAGGAGAGGUGAGAGCUGCACACAGAUUGAGAGAGACGUGGAGAGGAGAGAAGAGGGGAAAGGAGGGACCGUUGGACUUCUGCCAGGGUUUCCCAGCAACAGGGGGAACAAGAAUCGCCUCCGAUUCAAUCUCCCAAUGAAUUCCCGGCGGUAUUCCGCCCCUCUCGCCUGAUCCCGGACUCUUGUCGUCCUUUGCUGUAAGGAAGCAAGAGAAGUGGGGAGAGAGAGAAAGAGAGAGAGAGAGCGGUGCAGAAGAAAGGUGUGGAGUUGAGCGAAGAGAGGAAGACGCGCCCCAAUUAUGAAGAAGUGCAGAAGACACCCAGGAUAAAGAAGGGAAGAAAGUACAUCUCCGUAAUUCUUUCAUCCGUUCAUCAGUGAUGGAUAUUUUUCGAAAGACUUUUUUUGCUACAUGAUUUUGAGCCGUGACACCACGAUCAUCAGAGCUCUUAACCUCGGAGUUGCCCAGGAAUGGUGGCUCUCUGCGAUCCGGAGUCGGAUUCGCUUUCUGUGCCAGGAAACUUUUCCCGGUUCACUUUUGUGAGCUUUUCUGACUUCUGAUUAUCAUCAUCAUCAUCCUCAUCAUCAUUAUCUUGGAUGAAAACCUCGGUCGGUUCGUCUGGUUCCUCCCGCCAGCAGGAAGUCAUGGACCCGACGUGUGGAAAUGUGGAACAGAUAAACAGCGAGGGGAAAAAUAAAGCGGCUCACUAACUAACCUGCUGGCUGUUAUGAACUCUGAGAAGAGACAAUGGACUGGAGAGAACUGGCUGCUCAGAAGCUGAACCUGUCCAAAAGGAAGAAGCCUCAGCCUCCACCUCCGCCGUCACCGCCCGACCCCGAUGAACCUCUCUUCUACACGGACGGUUUCAGCUCCGCCCUGCAGCUCUCACCCCCACCUGUCCCACCAUGCCUGCUCAGGGCGGGGUCAAAGGUCAAAGACUGCCCCGGGAUAGGCAAGGUUAAAGUAAUGGUGCGAAUCUGUCCUGCUAAAGGCGAGCGAGACACGUCUGAGUCCAUGUCCUUCCUGAAGGUGGAUGCUCAUAAGAAGCAGUUGACCUUCUGCGAGCCUCUGACUAGUGCAGGCCAGAGACACUUCUCCUCCACCACGGCCCCAAAGACCUUCAACUUUGAUGCAGUCUUCACGCAGGAUGCCUCACAAGCGGAGGUGUGUUCCGGGACGGUGGCGGAGGUCAUUCAGUCUGUCGUCAACGGCGCAGAUGGCUGCAUCUUCUGUUUUGGACACGCCCACCUCGGUAAAACCUACACCAUGAUCGGUAACGACGCUUCCACUCAGAGCCUGGGCGUUGCCCCGUGUGCCAUCUCCUGGCUCUUCAAGCUGAUCGAGGAGAGGAAGGAGAAAGCUGGUGCUCGGUUCUCCGUGCUCAUCUCGGCCGUGGAGAUCAGCGGAAGGGACGAGGUGUUGACGGAUCUUCUAGCUGACGUCUCUACGGGGACGCUCCAAGACGUCCAGGGUGCAGGAGUCUACCUGAAAGAGGACCCUGUCUCCGGUUCACAGCUCCAGAAUCAGAGUGAACUGAGAGCGUCUAGCGCAGAGCGAGCCGCCUUCUAUCUGGACACGGCUUUAGCGGCACGGAGCACCAGCAAAGCUAAAAACUCCGAAGAGCAGCAGUGCAACUCUCACAUGCUCUUCACCCUCCACAUCACCCAGUACCACCUGGAGAAGAGCACCAAAGGAGGAAUGUCUGGAGGUCAGAGUCGUCUACAUCUUCUGGACCUGGGCAGUUGUGAAUCUGAUGUUACUCGAACAAGGGAUGGCGGUGGAGGCCAGUGUCUAUCACUGGCUGCCUUGGGGAAUGUUAUCCUGGCUUUAGCCAAUGGUGCCAAGCAUGUUCCUUAUAGGGACAGCAAGCUCACCAUGCUACUGAGGGAAUCCUUGGGCAACAUUAACUGCAGAACCACCAUGAUCGCCCACAUCUCAGAUUCACCGGCUAGUUAUACUGAUUCACUCUCUACUGUGCAGCUAGCCUCUCGUAUUCAUCGCAUGAGGAAGAAAAAAUCCAAGUAUGCCUCUAGUUCAUCAGGAGGGGAAAGCUCUUGUGAGGAAGGGCAAACCCGACGACCACCUCACUUAAGAUCAUUUCACCCCAAGACAGUGGCUCUAGACCCGGACCAUCCUCCACUUCUGUCUAGUGAUCCGGACUACUCCUCCAGCAGUGAGCACUCGUGUGAUACAGUUAUAUAUGUAGGUCCUGGAGGAACCCAUAUUUCUGACCAUGAACUCAGCGACAAUGAGGGCCCUCCAGCCUUUGUUCCCAUUAUUCCUUCCCUAAACAAAAAGCGUUCAAAAGACACUCCCAAAUCAGAUGGGGAUCAUCUAAAAUGCAACACAUUUGCAGAGUUACAAGAACGGCUUGAGUGCAUUGAUGGAAGUGAGAGCACAGCUGCUUUUAUUGGUGAAGGAAAAGGACAUCAGGCAGUCCUUAAGACUCAAGUUGGAGCUGGGAAAGCUCCAGAUGGGGUUUUUGCAUGUAAGACAAUUAAACCUACCCUCCAAAAGCCUUUGUACAUAGAACAUCCCAAACUCCUCUCAGAUGGAGCUGGAUCUGGAAAACCUUCAACUCCAGACCCUGAACCAGUUGUACGAGAGAAGGUCUUCCUAGACAAAGGAUCCUCAUUACAAAAGACCUCAACUUUGAACAAAGAUAGUACUUUAGCCACAAGGACACCUCCAGUGGGGAUGUGCCAGCCAGCUCUCAGGCAAGGAGUACCUUAUAAUAUAAGUAGGAGCCCAUUGGAAGUGACUCACCUUCGAGCAGCUUUUCAGAGCAGAUGUCUUGAAAGAGAUGUUUUAAGGACUACUGUCACACUACAGCAACCAGUUGAGAUUAACGGGGAAGAUGAACUAGUGUUUACUGUGGUCGAGGAGCUGCCCACUAGUUUAAUUCCAGACAAUGGCCGACCCUCCAGCAUAAUCAGCUUCAACAGUGACUGCUCCCUGCAGGCUAUAUCCUCUGGAUCACGUCCGGUCAGUAUAAUCAGCAGCAUCAAUGAUGAGUUUGAUGCAUAUGUAUCACAAGUAGACAGUUCACAGAAAAGCCAUGUAAAGUCAAAAGAAGAAGUGACAUCUGACCACAGCACAGCACUAUCUUCCAAAGGCACAUAUUUCAGAAAAAUGGUAAAUACAGAUGACACACACUUGCCCAGAGGUAUUUCAUCAAAAGGUGUGGCCAUACGUGAUAAUGUUUCAACAACAAAUAUACCUGGUGCUUUAUAUAUGGAGUCUUCCUCCCAGCAAGGCACAAUCAGCUCCUUCAGUGACAGUGCUAUAUGUUUUUCAGAGUUAGGCUACCAAUCAGGGAAGUGUCCACCAAGUUUUGAAACAGGUAAAACAUAUUUCAGAGGUCAAAAGUCAGUUAAAUCAAUGAGCACUAGCUCCUCACAGUCAGUGCAUAUACCUAGUAUGAACCAGUCUACUCUCCCAAGAAAAAACAAAUCUACCUCAUCUGUUGAGCCAAACAUCACCUUUAACCGAGAGUUACAGAGGCAAGGAAGCAGGACAGAUGAGCACUGGAUUCCAACAACUAUGCAGGUAGAUUCAAGAAGUACUGAAUUCAUCUCUGCAGGCAAGCCACCAAAAAGUGGGAUCCCAUCCAGGAAGACCACAGGUUGCAGCAGUAGCAGUGUACCACGCUCUCCGAAAAUACCCCCAUCAUCCUCCUCCCAAAGGGUGGUGGAUGGCUGUGAAAAAUCCAGUGUUAAAAAAGGAGAGAGCCUGAGUAGAAUGCCUCAGCUCAGAAGAGGAGCCACAACACUUGGCAUGAUCACAGUGCCUCACAGCUCCUCAGAGACCAAGUGGGGCAAUGAAGCCAUGCAAGCAAGUACCACGUUGAAAUUCUCAUCCUUAGGGAAGCGGUCAAAUGGGCAGAAGAGCAGCUUACUUCCAAAGUCUGGCAGCAUGUCACCGCCUGCCCCACCUAUCAGAAAAUCUAGCCUGGACCAGAAGACCCAUGUUUUGGUGUCUCCUAGUGCCUUAAGGUCAGUGAGCAAUGAUGCAGCCAGAUCCUCAUCAUGCAAAUCGGCAGUCUCUGAAGAGGAUUUUGAUGUUCGGCUUAGAGGGGAAUCUUUUACCUUUAAAUCGUUUAGCUUAAAGACAGGAUCUAGUCUUCAUACUCGAGGUGCAAAAGGAGACAAUGGAAAAUACUUUGGGAGCCUUCUCUCCCUUGAAAGGUGUGACAGCUUGACAUCAAUUGGAUCUAAACAUGGAAUGAUGAGAGAGAGCACUAGUGUUAACCUAGGUGGUAAUGCCAAGUCUAAUAGGACAGUGCCAAGACUUGGGGUUACCAGUUCCACAUCUGCACCACUAUCUCCACCAUUGACCAGUACCCCUGGAGUCAGCAAACUAGGGCAGAUCAAAGGUAAUAUAAGUCCUAGAGUUAUGGUUGGCAAUGGAAACAAAACAAAGUCCUUGUUUAACAAUGGUUCCAAAGCUUUGAGUACCACAAAAUCAUUUUCCACCUCAAGUGUACGGACUGCUAACCUACCUCCAAGUGGGAAAACAUCAGCUCGUUCAGUUAUGGGUGCAAGUGCGAAAGUAGGCAAAGGUACCCUUAUGGGCACAAAGCAAGCCAUUCGAGCUGCUAAUAGUCGUGUCAGUGAGCUGGCAUCAAGCAGCCCAAAGAAACACAUCAAGGGCGCUGAUGAUCAAGCAAGUGCAUCUGGUGAUGUUGGACCAACUCCAAAAAGUGACCUUUUACUGCCUUGUUCAUUGCCCUCACCGUACAGCAAGAUCACUGCCCCGCGACGUCCACAGCGCUACAGCAGUGGUCAUGGUAGUGACAACAGCAGCGUUCUUAGCGGGGAGCUACCCCCAGCCAUGGGGCGCACUGCUCUCUUUUACCACAGUGGAGGCAGCAGUGGCUAUGAAAGCAUGAUCCGGGAUAGUGAAACCACAGGUAGUGCAUCUUCCGCCCACGACUCCAUGAGCGAGAGCGGAGUGUCUACCACCAGCCGAACCAAGGUGUCAAAGUCUCCAAAAAAGAGAGCCAAUGGACUGCAGCGGCGGCGACUGAUCCCUGCUCCACUGCCGGAUACUUCCUCCCCUGGCAGGAAGGCUGGAGCUGCAGGCCAGUGGGUGGACCUGCCUCCACUUGGGGGCUCCAUGAAGGAUGCCUUUGAGAUUAAAGUGUAUGAGAUAGACGAUUUGGAGCGACUGCAGAGGUGCAAGGAAGGGAUGGUGACUGAGGGCUUGCAGUACUUCAGCGCUCGCCUCAGGAUGCUGGAGAAGAGACAGCAGGAGAUCCGGGAGCUCAGAGCCAAGCACGAGAGGCUGAGGGGGGACCUGGAGGACGCCAAGACCCGGCUCAUGCUCCACCCCGACAAGUGGACAGGAGAGUUCGACGUGGAUCCGGACCUGGAUCCGGAGUCGCAGGACUACCUGGAGGCUCUGGUUCAGGUGACGGGGGAUCUGGAGUUCUGCGUAAACCUGUGCAAGUCUCGCGUCAUGAUGGAGACCUGCUUCGAUAUUCUGGCCCCGACAUCCCCGGUGCAGGAGCUGGAGGUGUGAUGAAGACAUGAACAUUGGCGGAUAUUAAACCGAGAGAUUUAUUUACCAUAUCAGGAAGUGCCUUGAUUCAAAAAUAAAAAGAAAUAAAUAAGUAAUCGUUUCUGGUGCUAGUGCCGAGAUCACGACUGUACCUAAGCAAGCCUGUUAGCAGAUUUUUUUAUUUAUUUUUUUUUGGACGAUAAUUAAUUCUUUUACAUUGUAACGUAGUUUGUGGAAAAAACAAAACAUACAUAAUGAACAUUAAAAAGGGAGAAAAAAGCAAUAAGGUAAUUUAUUGCUUUUUUUAUUUAUUUAUUUGUUUAUUUUAUGUGUUUAUGUCAAAGCCUUGCCAAAGUUUUUAUUAUUUAUUAUCACAUCUAAACCACUAAAACCCUGUGAGUGUUUACACCCGAUAUAUUUGAUUUAUCCCGAUUAACCGGAUUAAUUAAACCCAGAUUUCCAAUUGGCUAUAAAGAAAGAUGUUUAAGCAGCUUCGUGAGUGAUACUCGACAUCUUUUAAUGAGCAAAUUCGUCAAUUUAUCAAACACUGAUUCUUUUUCUUUGCUGCUGAAGCAGAACCCGUCUCGAAUAAACUGGGACUCAUUUUUCUGAGACGUUGCUCAAUGAGCCAAAAGACAAAAAUAUUCGAUUAACAAAAGCUAAGGUCGACUCAGUCUGGUGACCAUCUUUUAUGAUCUGUAUACCAAUGGCAAAAAAAAAAUUCCCUUGGGAAAUGUUUCGAUUUUAAAAAAAAUAAAUAAAAUAAAAAGAAUAAAAAAUAGUGCAGACUAAAAAAAGGGAAAGAAAAAUGAUUUCAAACUUAACUCAGUUUUAACUGACGCUUUUAAACCUGAGUGCAUGAGUUAUUUUUAUUUAUCUCUAUUUAAUGCUUAAUUCUGACAUAUUUUUGACUAAUUAUUUAUAUUAUUUUAUUUUAUUUUAGGAAUUCUUUUGUACACAUAUUUUAGACCUUCUCAGUGUUUCAGCUUUAUAUUGUACAGUUUUUUUAACGCUUUGUAAGAACAUGUACAGAACCUUCCACAUGCAUCAGUACAUGAUUACAAAUAAA